CCAGAAGAAGAAGAACCAGACUGCAUGCAUUGCUCUUGUCAGGCGUCUGCAGAUUCUUGCGGCGCCGUAUGAAGUUGAACAAGCCUAUAAGGCUAACUUCUGAUGGUUUUUCGAAUCGCUCUCGCGGCACUUUGAUGUCAUCCGCCUGUCGGAUCUUUCGUCGAACAAGCCUAUAGUGUAGGGAAACCGUGACGUAUGCGCAGAACGGAUCCCGCAGGCAUGCCGGAUCGUGUACUGACAUGCACAUGGUGAUUUCCUCCUGAAGACGGGUUUUUCCUCCUGACAAAAAGUACGAUGAUAAACGAUGAUAAACUCUGUGGAUUUCGUGUUAUAUUUAACUUUAUCAACUGAAAAUCAUUAAGCAGGCGACAGAACUGUCAAAAAAGCUACGCAUGGAAAGAACUGCGCAACAACAUGAUAUGAAACGAAAGUAAAAGUAAACUUUUGAGAUUUAUGUAACUGUUAAGUGUGGAUAUGGACACACAAGACUCAGAUGAGGAGAUGGAGAACAUGGAGUGUGAACAGAUUAAACCGGUUGAAGCAACAUCUCCAGCCCCCUCCUGCCUGCCUCCACAAAGUGACCAGUCAAUCCAUCAACCAAAACAACUUAAGGACAGAACUCCACGCAAAAGAAAAAAUAAAAGACUGAGGCCAGAUAACACAACAUCUCCAGCCCCCUCCUGCACAUCUCUACAAAGUGAUCAUUCAAUGGACCGACCCAUAAACUUGAAAGAAAGAACACAAACUAAAAUACUGAGGCCAGAUAACACAACAUCUCCAGCCCCCUCCUGCACAUCUCUACAAAGUGAUCAUUCAAUGGACCGACCCAUAAACUUGAAAGAAAGAACACAAACUAAAAUACUGAGGCCAGAUAACACAACAUCUCCAGCCCCCUCCUGCACAUCUCUACAAAGUGAUCAUUCAAUGGACCGACCCAUAAACUUGAAAGAAAGAACACAAACUAAAAUACUGAGGCCAGAUAACACAACAUCUCCAGCCCCCUCCUGCACAUCUCUACAAAGUGAUCAUUCAAUGGACCGACCCAUAAACUUGAAAGAAAGAACACAAACUAAAAUACUGAGGCCAGAUAACACAACAUCUCCAGCCACCUCCUGCACAUCUCUACAAAGUGAUCAUUCAAUGGACCGACCCAUAAACUUGAAAGAAAGUAUCAUGAAGAAGAAUGUUAAGGAACCAAUUUAUAGACAUGACAGUUUAUUGCGAAUGGAGGUGAUGUCUCCAGAUAUUAGCACAUUUUCAGCCACUCUUUUGACAGAGGAUCACUACAGAUGUUCAGUGUGCACAGAAGUCUUUAAGAAUCCAGUUUCUAUCCCCUGUGGACACAGUUACUGUAAACACUGCAUUGAGAUCUACUGGAACAAACCAACUCAAGCUGAAUGUUACGCUUGUCCUCAGUGCAGAAAGAGGUUCAGAGAUCGUCCUGUGUUAAAUGUAAAUCUGGCUUUAGCUAAACUGAUAGAGGAACUGAAGCGGGCUGGAUUUAGUCCUGCUCUUCCAGCUCACUGUUAUGCUGGGCCUGAAGAUGUGUCCUGUGAUAUCUGCUCUGACAUGGAGCUCAAAGCUGUUAAAUCCUGUUUGACCUGCUGUGUGUCUUACUGUGAGACUCACAUCAGACAACACUACACUGUACCAGCACUGCAGAGACACAACCUGGUUGAGCCUUGCAGUAUAUUUUGUGACAGUGAGAUUAAUACAAUGUCCACAGCUGAGAAAAAAAUUCAGGGGGAGAACAAAAGGUUGACAGCUAGACUAAGUAAACUGAAAUCGACCUUGAAAGAAAAGGAUGCACAAGCAAAACGUUUGUGUAAAGGAUUUGAAAUUCAUUGUAAUGAUUUCCCCUCAGACAUUAUUGAGGUGGCUGCUCUUGGUCGCCCCUUGAGCCUUGGAAUGUUAUAUGACACAAAAAGUGAUUCUUACAGUCAAACUUCUUCACUAUGGAAUAACAACAUUACGGCCUCAAUGAGAGUGUCUCUGCCUCGGCCUCAAACAGAUGUGAAGGUUCUGGAUGGCGACUCCCUCCAGGACAGAUUCAGAGCCCUUGAAAUGUCUUCAGUGUUAAGAACAAGAGUGCUUCAUGGACAGUUAGAAGUGAAUGGAGCUGCAGCUUUUCUGAAUCACCCAGUUCAGUCUGAGCAUCGAGUAACACUGCACUACAAAACCACCACCAGACUGGACACGAUCAGCCAAACACUGCUACAGGAAGGAGUUUCUCCAUCACUCAUUCAUUCAACCACAGCUACACAUGUGAUAAUAGCUGUGAGCUACGGAGCCCAAGCCUUCUUUGUGUUUGAUAAUGAAAGAUUCGGCACAGAGACAUUUACAGAAAUGAAACAUGUUAUCAUGAAGUUGAUGUCCACGUCCUGUGAGCAAGAAAUACUCUCAAGCUUAACAAACACUGAAAGAGAUAAUAGUAGUUUUUACAAGUGUAGUGUGUAUAUUGAUGUGGGUGACUGGAAGAGUCCAGUGCCUUUUAAUAAAGCUGUGGAGAUCUAUAGUUCUCUGACAAAACUGCUUGGGUGUGAGAAAGCAGUUCCUCUGAAGGUCUGGCUCUACCCUCUGAAGAAACUGAACAAGACGCCUGCAUGUGCGGCUCUGAAUGGCGUCAGUAAAAGCUUGAUGCUUAGAGUUGAGAACGUCCUAGACCAAAUGAAUAAACAGACCAGAACAUGUCAGGAUUUUAUGACAAGCCCAGAUAAUCUAAGUGUGAUUAUUUGGUUUCCUGGUCUGAAAGAUAACCUUGUUGAGUUUUCAGAGCUUCUGCAGAAACACCAAGCAGAUUUUCAAGACAAAAUCGCAGCAAUUGCUGAAGACAUUCAAGUUAAAGAAGAGGAAGAAGAAAUGAGACUUCAGCUUCUUCUACAGCGACAUGAGAGAUCACCAUUCAAUGCAGAGAACAUCUCCCAGUGGCUGGAGAAUAAAGACACUGAGCUGAAGAUACUCAAUGACUGUAAAGCUGCAGACAUCACUCUUGUGAAAUCACAGACAGAGUUUCAGCAGAUCAUAAAUCACCCUCAGAUAACCAGAGUGAUGUGUCUCAAUCUUACCUUACCAGAUGUUGAAGAUUCAUUCCUCACAGCUCUAAAGCAGCACACUGAAUCUGAUCACAUUACAGCAACAGAUUCACACCAGUUCAAGCCUGUUAAAAUCAGUCAGAAAGUGCUUGUUGACAUACAGCUGUAUGUUGCUGCUAAAGAGGCAAAUGAUGAUUCAGAACAAACCAGAUUCAUCGCUGCAUCUGUUCCUAAUGCUGGUUUUCCUGAAUGUUCUGUACAGUUUUAUUAUGCUGGGAGGAUUGUGAGCAGAAACAUGGAGUUUGCAGUGAAACCAGAUGUUGCUCAGAUAGCUCAAAUAAAACACAAAAGUGUGUCCAUGACGUGGAGUCAUCUGGAGAAAAAAGACAUUGAGAGAUAUGUAGUGGAAUAUCAAGUUGUGGUUGAUGAUGAAAUAAACACGUGGAAACAGACCACUGUCUACACUGACACUUUUAAAGGAAAAUGUGUUUUGUCCGGUUUAGAACCAGACACAGAAUAUCAGCUCAGAUAUGCAGUUUGUUACAACCAGAGUAUGAGCAAUUUUAGCUGGCUAAUUUCCUUUAAAACAUCUAUGGUAGCAAGACCAGGACAACCAUCUGUUACUAAACUGAGCAAAGACACUCUCAGAGUUGAGUGGUUAAAAGCUAAAGCAGAUGAAGAUUGUCCAGUUCUGCACUAUAUGGUUGAGUAUAAAGAAGCAGGUCUGGAGGGCUGGUCCUCAGUACAAACACAAGGACCUCAGUGUGAGUAUGCUCUAACUACACCUCACAGCACCUGUUAUAGAGUCAGAGUCUCUGCUGUCUAUGAGCAAAUCACCAGCAAACCCAGUGAGGAAACAGCUGUACCUGUGGAUGUCUGGAUCAUAAACCUCUCCGAGAGAAAGAGCUCCAUCCUCCUAGAAGUGCUGAAACUCCAAACAGAGAAGAAACCAGUAGAGCUGAUAGACUGGACACACGAAGAGAGUGAAGUGAGAGGAUUCCUCCAGUGUCUGCCGUACAUCUCACAACUCAGAUUUAGUGAACCAUCAUAUGAAUCAUCUGAACUGUGGAAAAAAAGCAAGAGAUUAUUUAUAAAGAAUUUGUUUCUGCAAGCUGCUCUCUGUCAGAAAGAGACCAUAGAAACAACCGUGAGGAUGCUGCUGUCAUCUGUUGAUUAUGGAAAAUGUGAUUUUCUGCUGGAUCUGUGUUCACAUGUGAAGGACUAUGAGAGUCAAACAGGCAGGAGUGUCCUACCAGCAUUACAGUCAAUAUAUCAUCAGUCAUCUCCUGAAGUCUGGAGAAUAAACCUCUCAGAGAGAAAGAGCUCCAUCCUCCUAGAAGUGCUGAAACUCCAAACAGAGAAGAAACCAGUAGAGCUGAUAGACUGGACACAUGAAGAGAGUGAAGUGAGAGGAUUCCUCCAGUGUCUGCCGUACAUCUCACAACUCAGAUUUGAGAAUGUUUUCUUUGAGAAGAGAGAAUCUGCUGCUCAGUUUGUGAUGAAUCUAUUCACUGCAGCAUCAGCGUUUGACACAAAUACAGAAGAAAAAUACACUGAACUAUUAACAUCUGUGUGCAGCUACACAACUUUCCCCUGUGAUGAGGAUUAUUAUGAUGAUAAUGAUUUAGAGGAUCAGAUUGAACGCUGGGAUUUUCUGCUGUAUCUGUACUCACAUGUGAAGGACUAUGAGAGUCAAACAGGCAGAAGUGUCCUACCAGCAUUACAGUCAAUUUAUCAUCAGUCAUCUCCUGCAGUCUGGAGAAUAAACCUCUCACAUAGAAAGAGCUCUAUCCUCCUAGAAGUGCUGAAACUCCAAACAGAGAAGAAACCAGUAGAGCUGAUAGACUGGACACACGAAGAGAGUGAAGUGAGAGGAUUCCUACAGUAUCUGCCGUACAUCUCACAACUGAGAUUUUGCAAAGACACUUUGAAAAAAGAAGAAAAGAAAAAGUCAUCAUUCCAGUUUCUGAUGAAUCUGAGUGUUGCAGCAUCAGAAUGUGACACAAAUACAGAGAAGUACAAAGAACUAUUAACAUCUGUGUGCAACUACACAACUUUCCCCUGUGAUGAUGAUGAUGAAUAUUUUGAAUAUCAGAUUGAACAGUGUGAUUUUCUGCUGGAUCUGUGUUCACAUGUAAAGACCUAUCAGUGUCAAACAGGCAGAAAUGUCCUACCAGCAUUACAGUCAAUAUAUCAUCAGUCAUCUCCUGCAGUCUGGAUCAUAUACUUUGAUAAAAAGAGCUCCAUCCUCCUAGAAGUGCUGAAACUCCAAAUAGAGAAGAAACCAGUAGAGCUGAGAGGCUGGACACAUGAACGGAGUAAAGUGAGAAGAUUCCUCCAGUGUCUGCCGUACAUCUCACAACUCAGAUUAUCUUCCGUUCUCUGUAAGGAUAAGCCUGAAGAGUGUUUCCAGUUCCUUGUGAAUCUGUUUGUUUCAGCAUCAGAGUGUGAAACAAAUACAGGAGAGAACUACACUGAACUAUUAACAUCUGUGUGCAGCUACACAUCUUUUCCCUGUGAUGACUUAAUUCUCAGUGUUCAGUGUGAUUUUCUGCUGGAUCUGUACUCACAUGUGAAGAACUAUGAGAGUGAAACAGGCAGAAGUGUCCUACCAGCAUUACAGUCAAUAUAUCAUCAGUCAUCUCCUGAAGUCUGGAUCAUAAACCUCUCAGAGAGAAAGAGCUCCAUCCUCCUAGAAGUGCUGAAACUCCAAACAGAGAAGAAACCAGUAGAGCUGAUAGACUGGACACAUGACGAGAGUGAAGUGAGAGGAUUCCUCCAGUGUCUGCCGUACAUCUCUGAAUUGAGGUCUCCUUUAUCGAGCAGUGAUUCCUUUGAAAAACUGGAAAGAAGAAAGAAAUUAUUAGCAUUCAAUCUCUGUCUGCAAGAGCCUUCCUUACUGAGAGAAAUCACAGAAUCAUCUUUGGAGUCAUUAUUUUCAUACAUAUACCAUGGAAACUGUGGUUUUCUGUUGGAUCUGUGUUCACAUGUGAAGGACUAUGAGAGUGAAACAGGCAGAAGUGUCCUACCAGCAUUACAGUCAAUAUAUCAUCAGUCAUCUCCUGAAGUCUGGAUCAUAAACCUCUCAGAGAGAAAGAGCUCCAUCCUCCUAGAAGUGCUGAAACUCCAAACAGAGAAGAAACCAGUAGAGCUGAUAGACUGGACACAUGAAGAGAGUGAAGUGAGAGGAUUCCUCCAGUGUCUGCCAUACUUAUCUGAAUUGAGGUCUCCUUUAUCGAGCAGUGAUUCCUUUGAAAAGCAGGAAAGAAGAAAGAAAUUAUUAGCAUUCAAUCUCUGUCUGCAAGAGCCUUCCUUACUGAGAGAAAUCACAGAAUCAUCUUUGGAGUCAUUAUUUUCAUACAUAUACCAUGGAAAAUGUGAUUUUCUGUUGGAUCUGUACUCACAUGUGAAGAACUAUGAGAGUGAAACAGGCAGAAGUGUCCUACCAGCAUUACAGUCAAUAUAUCAGUCAUCUCCUGAAGUCUGGAGAAUAAACCUCUCAGAGAGAAAGAGCUCCAUCCUCCUAGAAGUGCUGAAACUCCAAACAGAGAAGAAACCAGUAGAGCUGAUAGACUGGACA